AUAGCCCGUUAGUUACACAUGUUUUCACCCCUGUUCUUACACCGUUUGAGAUGUGGUUUCUCGUGUUUUAGACCGAUUUCACGCUAGGUUGUGCUUGUUUGUGAUAUUUCAGGUCCUGGCAAGUGAAUGAAGGUUUAGGAGCGAGUUCGGGGUCGAUUGGGCGAAGACCGGGCGCGAGACAAGUCGCAAAGGAGGUCACACGGGCUACCCUGAUGUGCACACGGCCGUGCGAGAGGCCAGCCUGGCCGUGUGACAUUCUGCGAGAGCAGACACGGGCAGAGCAGCAGAUUGACACGGCCGUGCAAGUGGCCGGGUUGGCCGUGCCACAUUCGCCGAGAGCAGACACGGGCAGAAGGAAGUCACACACGGCCGUGCCACACUGGCCGUGUAAGAAGCCUGGAAUUCGACUAAGUGAUACGGUGCGUUUUGCCUCACACGGGCAACAGGGUAGGCCACACGGCCGUGCCACCCUGCCCGUGUGAGUCGGGAUUUCCUGGUUUUAAGCCAAAUUCCGAACCAAAGAAGAGGAGAGCUGGGUUUUGGAUCCCAAACAUCCAAGGGACGAACCAAAGAGAGAGAGGGCAAUUUGAGGGCAUUCUUGGAGUGGAGUUGGAGGAUUUCUUCGCCUUGGAAGCUCGAGGAACAAGCCCGGACUUGAAGACUGAUCAUCUGAAGAUUCUUACUGCAGUCUCUCUCUUCUCUAUGGAGUAACUUCCCUUCACUUAGGUUUUGAGGAACCCUAGCUAUGUUUGUUUGAUUGGAUGAUUGUAUGAGUACUCUGACUGGAUAAUCUUGAGUUCAUAUUCAAUCUAUGCAUGUUUUCAUGAUUCAAUUCUGCUUUAGUCGAGAUUAUUGAUUCUGCUUUGAUUCUAUGAGAGGGAAUACCUGAUUAGGUCAAUAGAGCACCAUAGAUUGAUAGUAGUGGAUCGAUUGCUUUAGUCGAGGGUUGAUUCACUGCUUUGUAUCGAUUGAGAACCCCUUUUGAUAGAGGGAGUCUAGUUCAGAACGCCUUGAUAAGUUGUUCUAGAGAAGGAUACGUCCCUCUAGGCAAUUGACUCAAGAGGGCCUUGUUCCUUUAGUCGAGACUCAAGGUCUAGUCAAGGAUUCUCCGCAUUGUGAAUGAAAGUGAAACAGGUUAGAGAUCAUCAAUCAUUAAUCUGGCUAGUGGCUAGGGGGAAUCAUACCUAAGUGAGUUCCCAACCUGUAAUUAGAUUAACUUUAACUGUAGUUUGCUAGAGUAGUUUUAGUUCUUUCAUCUUAAUCUGAUUUGCUAAAUAAUAAACUGAAGCUGAGUAAUAGUAACUCUAGAGACCCGUGGAUUCGAUAUUUAUCACUUGAGCCACUAUACUGCAGUCCCUUCCAUUGGUUACACUUGGCCUUUGUUAGGUGUUGUGUUUUAGAGCAUCAAGUUUUUGGCGCCGUUGCCGGGGACUUUCUAGAGUAUUAGGAAAGGCAGAAGUUUGUUACUUUAGCAUUUUUCUUUUCUUUUCUUUUCCACCCUUGCUUUUCACUUGGGUGCUUUUGUUUUUGUUGGUGCAGAUCUGAUUCAUGGAUCCUAAUGGCUUCUCCAAUCAUUGGGGGUAUCCACCACCAUCUGGGUGGUAUUACCCCGAGACUCCCUGGAGCAAUCAAGGCGGAGAAGACUAUGGAUUCGGGUUCCAGUACCAACCCCCUUACUACGGAGAACAACCGGACCCCUGGGCAUAUCAAGAACAACCUCAUUAUCAAGAAGAAUUUCUCCCACAACCAGAAGGGCCAUCGGCGCUGGAGUUACUCAUGGAGCAGUUUGCUCGAGACUGUGAGAGAACAUGCUCCAGGAUGGAUCAGUGUGUCCAGGCCUAUCGUGAAACAGAUGAGAUCCUCCUGAGCCUUAAGAAGAGCGUCGAUGAUCUUGAGCGAUCUUGGGCGCAACCUGCUCCAGAUCACCCUUCUGCUACCAUACAAGAAGAGGAGGAGGAAGAAGAAGGCUACAAGGGAAUUGUGGAACACACUGAAGUUGUCACGGAGAGCUCCCAUGAUGAUCAUGAUCAGGCGUGUCAUGUCGUAGCCGACCACACCUUCCCACACCCCAAACUGAGCUUUGAAGAGGCGGGCAUGAGUGAGGAGAUGCAAGAAGAUCUCAUGAAAGAAAUUGCUUGGCAACUUGCUCUCCAAUCCGUGCUAGAAGAAGAAGAGCAAGAAAGGGUGCAGAAAGAAGUUGUGGAGGAUGACGAAAGUGAAGCUGGAGGAGUUCUUGAUCAUUUCCCAGGGGUGAUACCACAUGAAGAAGGAAGGGAGGUUGAAGAGGCGAUUGGUGUCCAGGCUGAGGACGAAGUUGAGGUGGAAGAGGCUUGCACCGGCCAUGAGUUACAUGUGAUAUCUCCACCAAACUUCGAGGAACUGCUUAGCAAGGACCCAUUUGCAGUGUCUCUUUGCCAGACCAAGGCCACAUCGACAUCGGUCCCUCUUGGUGGACGCGAUGGUGGCCAAUCGAUGCUGUCUUAUCUGGUUUGGGGCAAUGAGACGAGAGAAGAGAAGAAGAGGUCUCGAGGGUGGAGACUUCAUCUGCAUCAAGUACAUGAGCCUUCAUCACCUGCCACAUCACAUGCUCAUGACUUGAGACUCCACCUCAUCGACGAGAACCUCAACUUCAAGGAGGUUCUCUCAUGGACCGAAACUUAGGAGCCAUCGUCCGGCUCACGACGUGAAAGAAGCGCUUGUUGGGAGGCAACCCAACCAGUCGGUUUGCAUCUCUUUCUCUAUUUCUCCUCGGUUGAGUCAGUUUUGUUAUUUGAUUUUAGAGUCAAUAACUCAACCUUUGUGAGAUUUUGUGUGGUGUUUGUGUUCUGAUUACUCUCUCUUUCUGGAAUGCACCGCCUGACCCGUACAUCAUCAUUCACCCUUGAUCUGGUAACUUCGUUCUACCCUCCUUAUCUUUCCUCCAUUGAGGACAAUGUCGUGCUUAAGUGUGGGGGGAUGUUCGAUUAUUUAUGCGGGUGAAUGUUUGGCUGUUUGUGUGCUUGGAGCCUAGUCCACUGUCCAAAUUUUUAGAUUUGAGGGCUCCAAGUACGUGUUUCCUUGCAAUUGCCUGCUCAGUAUGCUUUGAAUUGACAGUCUUUACAGUAAUAUGCAACCUAGGGAGGUAGUGUAGCACUAUGGAGGAUGUUGAUGCAUUUAAGAAGUCUCAUUUCUUCUUCAUAUUGAGUUGGUUGAUUGAGUGAAUUAGUGAUCUUAGGACCCUUGAAUUGUGUGGUAUUGUGGAUUCUCUACCUGUCAUGGACUCUUGUAUCAUGUUUUGAGUUUAACAGGUGCUCGAAAAUGUGCUUCAAAAUAAACGUCUCCCGUGCGA